GUCGGCCCGCACUGCAUGCUGGGACAUGGUGGGCCGCGUCCUCAAGGACACACAGCCACAGCUAAACGGAACGCGGCCCCGGAGCAGGCGGAGACCGGGAGAAGGCGUGUCCGGAUCCGGGCAGCAGGUCCUCCCCCGCGGCCCCGUCCCGCUUCCUCACGCCGCCUCGCACGGGACCCGAAGAUGUCUCUGAGUGAGAAGAGUAAUAGUGAGAUCAGCAAGCUGCUUGGUGAAUAUGGCAUCAAACAUGGGCCCGUAGUCGACUCAACUCGAAACCUGUAUGAGAAGAAGCUUGAGGUGGCCAUGGAGAAGGCUGCUGUGGUACCUUCACCUGAUAAGACCUUCUACAGGGAGGAAGCAGAGGAAAUAACCUACAUCACAUACCACAGUCCGGUUAGACAAGAGUCCGACAUGCUCAAGCGAAGAGGCAACAUUGAGCCCGAUGAGGACGAGGAGUCCGGCCAGGAAACCGAGUCCCCCGUCGCUAACCGAACAGCCAAUCACGGCGCAGGGCGCUCCGGGCCGCUGGACACGCCGCCUGGAGGCCGCGCAUGGAAGCUGAUCCGCCUGCUGCUGCUGUUAGCCGUGUUAGCGGCGGCACUCUACUACGCCUACUGCCGAAGGCAGGAAGAAGAGGGUCCCUUCAACGUUCAAUGAUCUCGUUGGUUGUCCGGGUUUCUUCAUCACAUUCCAACAACCUCUAAAUGCUCUUUCUUCCGUCACUGUGCCAGUAAAACCAAAACCAUUCAAAUGAA